AUGGCAGUCCUCAAGCGUCUCCUCACCCGGCGCACCCUCCUCUACGCCGCAGGCGGGACUCUGACCACCGCCGGCGGGCUCUACUACCUCUCCUCCUCCCCAGGCCCGUCUAUCCCCUCCUCAAGCAAGGAAACCCGCCGUCCUCCGCCGCCAUGGACGCCCCCCUCCCGCGCCGAGAUGCUCAACCGGCUCAAAGCCUCCAAUAGCGGCAACGACGAGGACGUGUUCGACUUGCUGAUCAUCGGCGGAGGCGCGACUGGCGCUGGAGUCGCCGUCGACGCCGCAAGUAGGGGGUUGAAAGUCGCUCUAGUCGAGCAGGCUGAUUUCGGCAGCGGCACCUCCUCAAAGUCCACCAAACUCGUCCACGGAGGGGUGCGCUACCUCCAAAAAGCGAUCUUCGAACUGGACUACCAGCAGUACAAACUCGUGCGCGAAGCCCUCCACGAGCGGCGGAUCUUCCUCCAAACCGCGCCUUACCUCUCGCACAUGCUGCCGAUUAUGCUUCCCAUAUACAAGCAUUGGCAGGUGCCGUAUUAUUGGGCGGGGUGUAAGUUGUAUGAUGUGUUGGCGGGGAAGGAGAAUAUGGAGAGUAGUUAUUUUUUGAGUAAGGGCAAGGCGAUGGAGAUUUUCCCGAUGUUGAAGAGUGAGGGGUUGGUUGGUGCUGUGGUUUAUUAUGAUGGCCAACACAACGACUCGCGCAUGAACAUCGCCCUAAUCCUCACCGCCAUCAAACACGGCGCCACAAUCUCCAACUACACUUCUGUGACCUCCUUCACGAAGGACCCCACAACAAACCACCUAACAGGCGCACUCGUAACCGACACCCUCACCUCCACCUCCUUCCCCAUCCGCGCUAGGGGCAUCAUCAACGCCACGGGGCCCUUCACCGACUCCCUCCUCGCCCUCGACAACCCCGCGCACAAACCCAUCGUCCAAGCGUCCUCCGGUAUACAUAUAACCCUGCCGAAUUAUUAUAGCCCGAGGAAGAUGGGGUUGCUGGAUCCCGCUACGAGCGAUGGGAGGGUUAUUUUCUUUUUGCCGUGGGAGGGGAAUACGAUUGCUGGUACGACGGAUACGCCGUGGGGACAGGUUAGAGUGGGUGAAGAACCCAAGGCGAGCGAGGAGGAGAUCCGGUGGGUGCUGGAUGAAGUCCGGAGUUAUCUAGCGCCGGAUAUUAAAGUGCGCAGAGGGGAUGUGUUGAGUGCGUGGAGUGGUUUGCGGCCUCUAGUUCGCAACCCCAAUGUCGACUCUGAUUCUGCUGAUGAUGGAAAUGGAAAGACGGCGGGUCUGGUUCGAAGCCACGUCCUCCACCUCUCGCCCUCGGGUCUCCUCACCAUUGCCGGGGGAAAGUGGACGACCUACAGGAAGAUGGCGGAGGAGACUGUUGAUGAGGCUGUUAGAGUUUUUGGGUUGGAGGGGAGAGUGAGGAGUGGGUGUGUCACGGAGAGGGUGAGGCUUGUUGGGAGUGAUGCGUGGAGUCGGAAUAUGUUUAUUGGGUUGAUUCAGACUUAUGGACUCGAAACGGAGGUUGCGAGACAUCUUUCGGAUAAUUAUGGUGAUCGAGCGUGGACGGUGUGUUCGUUGGCGGAGCCGACGGGCGAGCCGUGGCCUUUGUAUGGGAAGAGAAUUGCGGCUCAGUAUCCAUUCAUCGAAGCCGAAAUCCUCUACGCCAUCCGACACGAGUACGCGCAAACCGCAAUCGACGUCCUCGCCCGUCGUACGCGUCUCUCCUCCCUAAACGCCCGUGCGGCGUUGCAUGCUUUGCCGAGGGUUGUGGAGGUUAUGAGUGAGGAGAUGGGGUGGGAUGGGGAGAGGAGGAGGAGGGAGGUUAGGGAGGGGGUGGAGUUUUUGGAGGGGAGUAUGGGGUUGGUAUUGGGUGGUGGAGGUGGGGUGGGAGGGAAGGAGGGGAAAGAGGAGGUUUUGAAGGAGGUGGUGGAGGAGACGUUGGCGAAAGUUCGAGUUCCGAAGCGUGGAUCGUCGUGGUUGGGCCUGGGUGGGAUUUGGAGUGCGUGGAACACGCCUUCUCCAUCCCCCUCCCCUCCUGGGGGUCUGACGACUCCACCUGGAACUACACCCUCCUCUUCAUCGCCGUCCUCCGCGAUCCACCCAACGCAUGCGUACACCCGUGCCCUCUUUGAACCUGGCGAACUUGCCCUUUUGAAGACCCUGUUCCUGUCGAAGGCUACGAAGGUUCCGGUUUCGGGCAGUUUGAAUCAUGUUAAUAAGAGUUUGUUUGAGGAAGGGAUGGUGGAGAGUGUGCUUGGUGUUGGGGAUGUUUUGGGUGUUUUGAGGGGUGGGUUUGAGGCUCAGUCAAGUCCGUACGCUACUGUCACCCAGAAGGAGUACGAGUAUGUUUUGAAGGAGGCGGGGUUGCAGGGGAGGGAGUGGUUGAAUUUUGAAGAGUUUGUUGAGGUCUGCGGAAACUUGAAGGAAGUAUCAUCUGUUGCGCCGCCUAGCAAGUCGACGCAGAGGAUUCGACGGUUGAGGAUUCCUGUUGAGAAGAGCGGUGGGGGUGUUUAA